AGAUAGCCGAGUGGCCAGUCUCGCUUGAUACAUCUUACGGACGAAGUCUUCAUUUGGUGUCAGUAAAAAUGGUGUAUAGGAUUAUGUGUAUCACAAUGCUAGUGGCUGUUGCAAGUGGUGCAACGUGGCGAGGCAAGCUUCCCCUAAAACCAGAACAUCUUUCACAUAAAGAAGGGUGUUAUGUGAAGGAGAUUGGUGACGUCAUCCCCUUCGGCGAAUCAGUGUCUCCUGUUGGCAUCUGCUACAGAAUUGAAUGUAGUCAACGCGAAAUGAAUUAUGCUACGUGUAUUGACAUCUCAGUAGUAGAUUCACCAAACUGCUAUACAACGGACGUAGAUCUAAGCCAGAGCUAUCCCAGCUGUUGUCCAGAUGUCAAAUGUGACUUUGACAAUAACCUUAUUUAGUUAACAUGAGUUUAACCUGGUCGAAAGCACAUUCAACCUAGUUGGAAUUUCUGGAAUUGGACGCAGAUACUUCCAAAUUUGUGGCCAAAUUAAUAGAUGCAUAGACUGACCGUUUGUAAUGUUUGUAAGUUCAGAAGGAAGUUCAGUAGUUGCGUCAUCGUAAUUCACAUAGUCUUUUAAACUGUUAGGUUAUGCUAGCGCUGUUAUAGUACGUCGGUCUAGGCCAGUGGUUCCCAACAUUAGGCCCACCCCCCAAAUGGAGGCACAUUUAGAAUUAUUAAAUUAUUUAAUAAAAUUGAGCAGUAUUGGCCUAGUGGUGUCAGCGUGCGACUGUCAUCCCUGAGGUCGUAGGUUUGAUCGCCACAACAUAAUCCGGAGGUAAUUGACUCGAUUUUGCGAAACUAUAAUUGGUCCAGAUUGGCGGAACUUUUUGGACCUAUGUUUUGCUUAAAUUUAUAUUCUGCUACCGUUGUCCUUAAUAAAUGUAAAUCUGUGUUAGACCAGGCUGAAACCACGUUCAAACUUCUCAAUUACUCAUUAAAGACAAUUUUUCCUUUGUACAGGGAAAUUUGGCAAAUUAUGAGAUAAAUUCAGUUGUCUAACGAGAUUGUAUAAGUUAGUGUUAUUGAUAAGAGUUCCUUAGAAGAGUUAGAGAUACAUAGCUAUCGUCCGACUCAAGACGCUAUCUUGCCACCAAAUUAUUGUUAUUUAUUGUAAUAGUUGUAUGUUUAACUGUAAUUGUGCCUUUGCAACAUUUAUUCAUAAGUGUAGAUGCCAAUGUUUUGUCUCUAUCACACGUAUUACUGUGCUAAUAAAUGAAAGAAACAAAAAACUACGUUUGUGAAUAAAAUUGUUAAGUGAUUAGAUGUAAUUUGUUAGAUAAAAUAAA